AUGAAUAAAAAUGCUGGUGUUAACUUCUUCAACGACAACCUCCACAUAAUUGACUGUCACAUUGCCGAAGCACAGGCCUCCAAGGAUGCUGGAGAUGCAGCAAUGAUUCAAAACCGCCUGAAUGCAGCAUCCUUCUAUUAUAAAAGAGUUUAUAUGCUUCUAGCCGAGUACCUGCCUACGGGAUCGGAAAUCGCACCUUGGCUUGUCCAUCUCCAGUCCCCGAAAAAAUCAGAUCAGGCCUUUUUUGUGGAUAUCCUAAAACAUAAUCAGACUCGUUUUUCGAAAUCCUUUUUGAGUCGUUCCGAAACGCCAAACGUGACGGAUAAUCAUAGCCGUUCAUUUAGUUCAGGAAGCCGUUACGCAUUAAAUCAUGACAAUUGUAUGGACACUGAAAGCGAAGGGAGUGGAAGGCCGAAUGGAUCGGAGUGGUUCACUCAGACCAAACGGUCGCGGCAACAGAAGGUAUAUAGACUGUUAAGCUUCGCCAUGUGUGGCCUCGUGCUGGUGAACCUCAAGCUUGGGCGGUACGCCGAAGGAGUGGCUGUGGCCACAUUUUUACUGGAGCCUUCACCGUUUCUUCAAGAUAACUCAAAAGUUCUGCUGCGCCGAGCUCAAUGUCUCCUCAAGCUCGGUGAUUGUGCUGCCGUUGAGAAGGAUCUCAAUGAGCUUGAGAUUCAAGGCUUUAAACAUCCCAGUAUAACAACUCUGAGGGAAGAAAUUGUGCAACUUAAUACGCACUCACACGAAUCCCAAGUAGAUAAUGUACCAAAGUAUGUCUCCUCUGCUUCACCACUGCUUUGUUAA